AUGUUAUUAAAGAUGUUGUCCCUAGUUUGCUUCAUCACUAUCAGCUCAGCUGUUCUGAUUGACCCAAAUAAUGGACUGAAAGCGAGAUCAUAUAGCUCCGACACAGGAAGGGCAUGGCAAACGGUCAAAUACUAUCCUUCAAGUUCUCCGCCACUUUUCAAAUACGACUUUCACUCUUAUCCAAAAUACGAGUUCGAGUAUGCAGUAUCCGAUAAAAAGACAGGUGACUACAAACAUCAUCAUGAAUCAAGAGACGGCCACAGAGUUCGAGGAGGUUACAGCCUCGUUGAACCAGAUGGUUCUUUGCGGAAGGUGGAAUAUAAUGCUGACGACCUAAACGGGUUCAAUGCCGUCGUAAGCAAGAGUGUGAGUAAACACGGUGAUCACGCUUUUUCAAUCGUCGGUCAUACAAGACAGUUCUUACCCAUCGGAAACGGUAUUAAAAUCAAUCAUUUCUUCCCGAGCAAAAAUUAUCACUAUCAAGAACACAAAGUUGAUACUGAAUAUGUUGAAGAUAAACCUGUUAAUGAAAAAAUAACCAACUUCAAACAAGAUGAAAGACAAAAAACUGUAAUGGAGGAACAAGGAGACAAAAUGAUACAACUUACUCCAGUUAUUAUUGAAAAUACUAAUAAAAUUACAGAAACGCCUAUUGAAAAAAUGAAUCUAGUUGAAGCACCAGUUGAAAAUCUUCAAGCAUCAGUAAUGGAUGCUAUUGUUGAUGAAAAACAACAAAAGGAGACCGAGAACAUCACGCAAAUGCCAGUAGAAGAAAUAAUUGCUAAUCACACAGGCAGCGAACUCAGUGAAAUAUCUAAAGCAGAUAAUUUACAAAAGCAAGAACCGCUUGAUGAUUCUGAAGUUGCAUCAUCAUAUUAUCAUUCAAAAAUAUACUACGUAGGUUUUUAA